AUGCGUGCUUCAUCCCUUCUGCAGCAAGCAGCCGCUGCCAGAGCUCCGCUGAUAAAGUUCAUUGGAAAACGCUCUGUUCCCAAAUCCAUUGACCGCUCUCCCCGCGUUCAUCCCGCCUCCCCUACUCCCGAACUACCCGAAUCGUUCGUGAAAUACAGAGCCAAGGCCCAGCAGCAUGGCCCGCUGAACCACUCGGCUCAAACGAACGGAAUCUACGGCGGUGCCAUUGGAGGCCAACCGGGUGCAUCUCUUGGGCCCGUGGAGCCCAAAAAGGGCGAAUACUUCGACCGAAACGAGCUGCCUGAAAGAUUCAGACGCCUGACCUGGUCGCAGGAAGAAAUUGAUGCUGUCGAGACCGGCGGCGCUAGCUUGUUUGCAUGA